CCGCCGGGAGGGCAGCUGUGGAGCCCUGGACACGCUUAGCAGCAGCUCCACAUCCGACUGUGCCAUCUGCCUGGAGAAGUACAUCGAUGGAGAGGAGCUGCGGGUCAUCCCGUGUACUCACCGAUUCCACAGAAAGUGCGUGGACCCAUGGCUGCUGCAGCAUCACACGUGCCCACACUGUCGGCACAACAUCAUAGAACAAAAGGGAAACCCUGGCUCCAUGUGCGUGGAGACGAGCAACCUUGCACGCAGUCGGCAGCAGAGGGUGACCCUGCCAGUACAUUACCCGGGCCGCGUGCACAGAACCAGCGCCAUCCCAGCCUACCCUACGAGGACAAGCAUGGACUCCCACGGGAACCCAGUCACAUUGCUGACCAUGGACCGGCACAGGGAGCAGAGCCUCUAUUCUCCGCAGACCCCCGCCUAUGUCCGUGGCUACCCGCCCUUGCACCUGGACCCCAGCCUGGCCACUCACCGCUGCGGCCUGGAGCACCGGGCCUAUUCACCAGCCCAUCCCUUCCGCAGGCCCAAGUUCAGCGGCCGCAGCUUCUCCAAGGCAGCUUGCUUCUCCCAGUACGAGACCAUGUACCAACACUACUACUUCCAGGGCCUCAGUUACCCGGAGCAGGAGGGCCAGCCCCCACCCAGCCUGGCACCCAGGGGCCCGGCCCGUGCCUUCCCGCCGAGCGGGAGCAGCCUGCUGUUCCCCACCGUGGUGCAUAUGGCACCGUCCGCCCACCUGGAGAGCGGGAGCACGUCCAGCUUCAGCUGCUCCCACGGCCACCGCUCUGUGUGCAGUGGCUACCUGGCCGACUGCCCAGGCAGUGACAGCAGCAGCAGCAGCUCCGGCCAUUGCCACUGCUCCUCCAGCGACUCCGUGGUGGACUGCACCGAGGUCAGCAAUCAGGGCGUGUAUGGGAGCUGCUCCACCUUCCGCAGCUCCCUCAGCAGCGACUAUGACCCCUUUGUCUACCGCAGCCGGAGUCCCUGCCGGGUCAGCACCGGGGAGCCGGGUGGCCUGGGCACCUCGGCCCGGGGCCCUGCUGUGCACCUCGAGGGCUCCCUGCCCUCUGAUGAGCUCUGGGCAGCACAUGGCCAUGGUGCUGGCCGGGGAGAGCCGUGGCCGGGCCCUGCCUCUCCCUCGGGGGACCAGCUGUCAACCUGCAGCCUGGACCUAAACUAUAGCAGCAGCUCCUCGCUGGAGCCCCGGGGACCCAAUGGCUCUACCUCAGAAGUGGGGCUCGACGCCUCUCCUGGGGCCGCCCUGGACCUCAGGAGGACCUGGAAGGGGGGCCAUGAGGGGCUGUCCUGUGCCUGCUGCUGCGAGCCUCAGCCCUCUGCACUGGGGCCCCCGCUCCUGGAGGGCUGUGGCCCUGGGAGUGGGGACCCUCAGCCGGCCAGCUUCCAGGGCCUGUAUGGCCUUCGCCGACAUUUGCCCAGGACAGAUGGGGUGACCUAUGAGAGCCUGCCCUGCUGCUUCUAUGAAGAGAAGCAGGUGGCCCGCAGUGGCGGGGGUGGCGGCUGCUUCGCGGAGGACUACUCGGUGAGAGUGCAGUACACACUGGCUGAGGAUCCCCCACCCAGCUGCCACCCAGGGGCCCGGGACCUGAGUCAACGCAUCCCUAUCAUUCCCGAGGAUGUGGACUGUGACUUGGGCCUGUCCCCAGACUGCCAAGGGACCCACAGCUUCAGUCCCUGGAGUGGGACGCUGGGCCUGGACGCCCCGCGGCACCACAGGGGGCUGGAAACAGCCCGGGAAGAGGAGCGGGCUCCGUGCCACCAGGCCGAGGUGCUGCUGCAGCCUGGCUGCCCACCUGAGGAGGCGGGUGCCACCAGGGCCAGCCUUCCCAGUGCCCCUCAGGACACUCAGGAGCCCAGCGUGCCAGUUGCUGAGGCUGCAGGACCAGGAUCUCACCCAGGCAGCAGCCCAGGGGCCUGAGCUUGGAAGGGACUCUUCUGGAAAUCAGGAACUGUACGGAGAUUCCAAACCAACUCCCUUCAAAACAAAUAUUUUUUAGCUUUGACAAACACACAAAAAGUGGUAAUAAAGAGAGCCCUCCUUCUCAACCCAAAAUGUGAGCCAGCUGUGGCAGCCCCUCCCCAUUAACAAACCAACAGACAAAAUCUCGAGUCCUUUGUCUCUUUCCACAAUGUGUUGUUCUUCUGUUUUGUGAAGUGUGUGCUUGGUGUUCCAAGGUGUGCGGGAUUGAGUUGUCUGCUUGUUUUUUUAAGAUAUUAUAUGUAAAUGUAAAA